CAAAAAUGUGCGCAGCGCGUUCGCAUACCAUAACGAUCCUUUGACAGCUGAGCUUUUGUGAAAAACCGACACAAUGCCUGAACCUGCGAAAUCAGCACCCGCUCCCAAAAAGGGGUCUAAAAAAGCUGUCACCAAGACACAGAAGAAGGGGGAUAAGAAAAGGCGUAAGACCAGGAAAGAGAGUUACGCCAUUUACGUGUACAAAGUACUGAAACAAGUCCAUCCGGACACUGGUAUUUCCUCAAAGGCGAUGGGCAUUAUGAACUCGUUUGUAAACGACAUCUUCGAGCGCAUCGCCGGAGAAGCGUCGCGCCUGGCGCAUUACAACAAGCGCUCCACUAUCACAUCCCGGGAGAUCCAGACGGCCGUGCGCCUGCUCCUGCCGGGAGAACUGGCCAAACACGCCGUGUCCGAGGGCACGAAGGCCGUGACCAAAUACACCAGCUCCAAGUGAAAGUGAACAAACGAGACGGACUGGACUCUAUCCCUAAUGAUGGAAGACGAAACCAUCCACUGUUGUUUGAAAUCCGCAUGACGGACCUCUGGUACAUCUUGAGCGAACGCAGCUCUGGAAGAGCACAAACACAGUGCUUUCCAUCUGUAACACCAACAUUCACCUGAGGCUGUUCCUGUUUGAUCGUAUUUGCACGUGUGAACACUCGUACUGUAAUCUUAUGGCAUUUGGUCGUCAUUUGUUAACUCAUGUGGCUGUAAACUCAAGUUACCGGAGGAAAACACUGUGGCUUUGGUUUUUAUUGAUUUCUUGUUGACGAAUAAUUGCUGUACUGUAUUCAUACUGAAAAAAUGUCUUAUGCCUGAAUGUUUCUUCAUAACUACCCUGUCAUUUACCACAAAUAAAUACAUUGGUUAAUGGUAACUACAA